CACGACUGCUGAUGAUCGACUUGUAAUGAGUUCAUGGCCAAAUCCUUGAGUUGUGUGUUUCGAACACUUUUAGCAAAGGCGCAACGAGAAAGCCCUGACGAGUCGCGAGUCACGAGUGUGCGCCUCAAGCCAUCCUAUGCUUUGAGCGCUCUUCUCACCGCGAGUCCACCAAGCAUCAAUCAGGAGUCGGAGCUUCCCUGCAACAAUUACGGUGCGCACCUCUCGAACGAGAACUACAAACGGACCACAUGCCACUCCGACCCGCAUCCCCACUCGCAGCAUCUUCUCUCCCCCCCAGCAAGGUCCUGAAAAUGUCCACUACCACCGCUCCGAGCACUUCCAAGCUUCUGGUCCAACUGGAUGCUGCUCAUCCAGGUGCCAAGCUGCCCACUCGAGGUUCAGCAUUCGCAGCGGGCUACGACCUUUACGCUUCUCAGGGCUCCGUCUUGAAGGCUAGAGCAAGGGGCAUCGUGCCUACUGGAAUCCGACUGGCCAUUCCCGAGGGAUGUUAUGGAAGAGUGGCUCCCAGGAGCGGUCUUGCAUCGAAGCAUGGUAUAGACGUGGGAGCAGGAGUGAUCGAUUCGGACUACAGAGGUCUUUUGGGCGUCUUGCUCUUCAACCUAAGCGAAGAGGACUUCACGAUCAAUGAGGGCGAUAGAAUAGCUCAACUCGUAAUCGAGAGGAUCGCCACUCCAGAGGUGGAGCAAGUAGCCGAUUUGGAUGCGACCGUGCGAGGCGCUGGUGGGUUUGGCUCGACUGGCGGAUUCGGCAAGAACAGCGCUGCCCCUGAGGCGCCAGCCAAAGACCCUGAAGGCGUCAUCGUAUCGUAGAUGGCUAGAUCACAGCGAGGAGACACGUAGCUCACGAAUGCGGAUAACUACACCCAAUCAAUUGGCCUUCCAAACAUCGAAAUGUUGAUCUCGAAACGUGUACUGAGAAUGGUGAUCAAUUGCGACGUGUGCUCUAUAAGAUCUCAUCUAUCUGG